AUGGGUGGUGUGACCGUUCGCGAUGUCGAUGCCCAAACUUUCAUUAACGCCUAUGCCGACUUCCUGAAGAGACAGGGAAAGCUGCAAAUUCCUGGCUGGGUCGAUACCGUCAAGACUUCGCACAGCAACGAGCUCCCCCCCCAAUCACCAGACUGGUUCUACGUCCGCGCCGCCGCCGUCGCGCGUCACAUCUACCUAAGAAAGUCCGUCGGUGUCGGCCGCCUCCGCAAGGUGCAUGGCAGCACCAAGAACCGCGGCUCGCGCCCCAACCACCACGUCGAUGCCUCCGGCUCCGUCGACCGCAAAGCCGUUCAGGCGCUCGAGAAGCUGGGCAUUGUCGAGAAGAUCGAUGACGAUGAGGACACGGGCAAGGGCGGCCGGAGAAUCACGCAGGCGGGCGCCAGAGAUUUGGACCGGAUUGCGAUGACUGCUGUGGAGGAGGCCGAUGACGAGGAUGACGAGUAA